AUGAGCGCGCAAAACGUUUUGUCGGAAAUCAACACUUUUCAAAAAGCAGAUUUGAAGAAAACCAGCGUCGAGGAAAAGCAAGUUCUUCCAAGCUCAGAGGAUUUGAGCCGCGAACGAGUCCUCGUUGAUUGCGCCGAGUUCGACAAAUGCUCCUUGAAAAAGACUGAAACUAACGAAUCGUCUUUUCUCGCCCAGGAAACUUCCAAAAUGCAAGCUGCGAACUUCGACCACUCAAAACUGAAGAAAGUUGAGGUGAAAAGCGAAAGCAACUUUUUGACGAAAGAAAAGACGAUUUUGAGCGCGGCCGCUUUCGACAAAUCCAAGUUGAAUCACGUCAAGCCGCUCGAGAAAGACACACUAACUGAGACGAAAACUAUCCUCUCGGUCGAGAAAUUUGACAAAAAUACUUUGAAAAAAGCCGAAACCGCCGAAAAGUCAGUUCUUCCUUCUGCCUCAGACAUCACCCGCGAAAAAUGCGUGGUAGACGCUGCUCAAUUCGACAAAACUGCGCUCAAGAAAACAACGACAAGCGAAUCCACUGUUCUCGCUCAAGAAUCGUCCAAAAUUCAAGCAGCAAACUUCGACCACUCAAAGCUGAAAAAAGUAGAAACGAAGGUCGAAAACCAGUUUUUGAACAAAGAAAAAGCGAUCAUCGGAGCAGCUGCCUUCGACAAAUCCAAGCUCAAUCACGUCAAAGUCGUUGAAAAAGACACUAUUUCCGAAGCGAAAGCGAUUGUGGAAGUGCAGAAAUUUGACAAAACUUCUUUGAAAAAGACAGAAACAACAGAAAAAUCUGUUCUUCCUUCAUCGACAGAAAUCAACGCUGAAAAAACGAUGCAAACAAUCGCUUCUUUCAACAAAGAGCAGCUCAAAACCGCCGAAACAGUCGUCAAAGAUCGUCUCCCUUCAAAAGAAGACAUCGAAUCCGAAAAAGCUCAGGAGUAA